UAUCCUGAGGGAAUCAGUAAGUACGACUAUAUUCCCAACUUUGCAACUCGGGGACUUCACUACGACAUCCAAAAGGGACUACUGAUGAAAAUUGACGCCUUCCAUUAUAUCCAGUUGGGCACUGUUUAUAGGGGUCUGAAGCCUGUCCCUGAUGAUGAGGUCAUGAAACUUGGUCCCAAAAUGAAGCAGUUUAUGGAUGUGUUCUCCAUCCCUGAGAUGACUCUCUUGGCAGCUGCGAAUGAUUACUUCAUCUCAAAUGACAUAGAGUAUGACCCAGUGCAUCUCUACAAAGAUGUCUCAGUACGUAUGAAGUCAAUGUGCCCUUCAUUUGCUUUGUUUCAGGGAAACCUUGUGGAUUUUCUGAAGCUAACAGGAUGGCGAGGAUCCAAGGUGUUCUAUUUUGGAGAUCAUCUCUACAGUGACUUGGCAGACCUGAUGCUGCGUCAUGGGUGGAGGACAGGCGCGAUCGUGCCUGAACUUGAGGUGGAGACGAAGGUGGUGAACACAGACCAGUACGCUCAAAGUCUCACGUGGUUGCAGGCGCUCACCGGACUGCUGGAGCGCAUGCAGAUGCAUCGGGAUCCUGAGUCCAAGAAGGUUCUGCAGGAGUGGCUGAAAGAGAGAGAGGAGCUACGGGCAGUCACCAAGAACCUCUUCAACCCUCACUUUGGCAGCAUAUUCCGUACCUGCCACAACCCCACCUAUUUUUCCCGCCGCCUGUGCCGUUUCUCAGACCUCUACAUGGCCUCUAUCAGCUGCCUGCUGAACUACGACCUCUCAUACACCUUUUACCCUCGCCGAACGCCCCUGCAGCACGAAGCCCCCCUCUGGAUGGACCAGCUCUGCACUGGCUGCAUGAAGACACCCUUCUUAGAAGAGAUGGCCCAUAUUCGUUAAAACCGCCAAAGGUUUAAUGUGCAAAUAUGAACUGAAUAGUGAAAUGAGGGGUGUGUGUUUGUGUCUCUAUCUAUAGCAUUGGAGACGUGGCACUUUUUGCAUGAACGCCACAUACAAUGGGGCCACCUGCUGGAUGUUAUGUUGCAAUGCGUCUCAAUGUUCUCAAGCCUUGGACAGCUAAAGACGGGCUUGUUGAUGAACUUAUCCUUGUGUUCUUAUCUCUAACUUUUUUACAUUUGAUGCUCUUGCAUUAUGUCUUACUAAACAUAGUUAGAUGUUAAGUGGUUUACAGUUCUCUCUUUUUUUUUAUUUUUAUUUUUUUUUUUGGUUUUGUAAACCAGUAUGUCAUGAGUUUUGUAGUUGCAACAGGGUGAUGUUUGUAUUAACAUUAAUCAUGAUAGCAGGAAGAAGGAAAUAUACUAUACUUGGGGUAGCCAGACAUUGGUAGGCCGAAGUAUUGAGCCGCUGGCCAAAAAAUGCACAAUUAUGAGUUACAAAUACAGUAGGUCUGAUUACAAGUGCGAUUAGGUCAAAUAGCUUCAUAGAUUGGUGUUUUAAUGUUACUUACCUUCCCCACACUACAUUAAUCAUGUAGCCAAGCCUCAUAAAAGUUUAAAUAUGUGCAAGUAAUACCAGUCUCCACAGCUUAUUAUUUAGUAGAGAAAUUAUAAUGUUUUUUAAAUGACAGCUGUAUUUACAUACUUGGAAGCUCCUGGAGGGCCAAACCAAAUGCUGUUGUUAUUUUUGACCUUGCAAGCCCUCACUGUUUGUGGCUUUAGACUAAGCUUCUGUACAAUCAGAGCAUUGUUUGCUUACAGUUAAAUCUGUGAAUAGCUAUGCUGCUAAAUUCAGUUUUCCAGGAACAAGAAAGAUCUCAUCUUUUGUAUGUACUUAGUCUACAAUUUAAAAAAUCUAAUAAAAGGCUUUGUCUUAA